CAGUAGCGAAUCCGCGUCCAUGGCGCCUGGCCUUCACAACUUUCAACUACUUAAACUGACUUCUUCCCUGUGCUCUUAUAGAUUGACUUCGAUAGAGAGAGAGAGAGAGAGAGAGAGAGAGAGGCUACGUUUUCUGCAAAUUCAAGUUGCUGGUUCCAGUGCUUGAGAAAUGGCUGGUGAUUCGGAUGAUAAGGUACCAAUGCUAUUGGAUAGUCAUUCUCAACUAUCCGAUGAUUCCAUGGAAGUUCAAUUAACAAGGUUUAAUGCUAGGCGUACUACUCGGAGUGUAUCAUGUGUGCCAAUGUCUGCUACGAAUUCCAUGGGGCCCUACGGAAGUGAAAAUAGCCCUUUAUCUCAUACUAGUCGUUUGAAUGGCAAAAAACAGGCCCUGUUUAUACCCAUGAGCGGUCCUUUAUAUAGUAAUACGAAGCCUGAGAACUUCUCUCAGCCUAUGAAUGGGACAUUGGGUGGAAGAACAGCAGCUGUCAAGGAAUAUGUUAUAGAAACAGGCCAGAUGGACUAUCCAGAUGACAGCUAUGGAGGAAAGAAUGAACAUUUGUUGAAGUCUGGGCAAUUGGGUAGAUGCAACGAUCCUUUCUGCACCACGUGCCCAACAUAUUAUGAUUUUGAAGCAGAGCGUAAGAAGUAUAAAAAGGCUUCAACUUCUAAAAUUAAGUUACAUAAUGCACUUUAUGGGGAUGCCAAAGGUUGGGCGCAAAAAUCAACUUCCUCUCUAAAAAGAUGUAUUCCUGGCAUCGUGAAUCCUCAUACCAAGGUUGUUCAACAAUGGAACCAAUUUUUUGCCAUUUUUUGCUUGGUGGCGGUUUUUGUGGACCCACUGUUUUUCUUUCUACUGUCCGUGGAAAAGGAUGAUAAGUGUAUUAUCUUUGAUUGGUCCUUGGCAAAAGCAAUUGUGACUAUGAGAAGCAUUACUGAUUUCAUCUAUGUUCUUCACAUGCUUCUACAGUUCAGGUUGGCUUAUAUUGCUCCCGAAUCAAGAGUGGUGGGUGCCGGAGAUUUAGUUGAUCACCCGAAAAAAAUUGCUCUUCAUUACUUACGUGGCUACUUUCUACUCGAUUUUUUUGUUGUAUUACCACUACCGCAGAUCAUGAUAUUUGUGAUCAUCCCCAAGUCCUUGGGAUCAUCAACGGCAAAUGAUGCAAAGAAUCUUCUACGUGCCACGAUUAUUCUCAAUUAUAUACCAAGGAUAAUACGAUUUCUACCAUUGCUUGCGAGUCAAUCUGCUAGUGGCUUCAUUUUUGAGUCGGCAUGGGCAAACUUCAUCAUUAAUCUUCUGAUUUUUGUAUUGGCUGGGCAUGCCGUGGGGUCAUUUUGGUAUCUCUUUGGAGUACAGAGGGUAAAUCAGUGCCUUCGAGAUGUCUGCUACAAAGACGACUUUAAAGUUUGUACAAGAUUAAUAAACUGUGGGCAUUGGAAAAAUAUCCCAGACUUCAAUUGGACACAGUGGCAAACUAAUGGGAAUGCGAGCGAUUGCUUUAAUACUACAGAUCAUGGUCAUUUCCUUUAUGGAAUUUAUAAAGAAGUGGUUCUUAUUUCUACAAAGCGAAGUAUUCUUACAAGAUAUACAUACUCUUUAUUUUGGGGUUUCCAGCAAAUCAGUACUCUAGCAGGCAACCAAGUGCCCAGUGACUUUGUUUGGGAAGUUCUAUUCACUAUGAGCAUUGUUGGACUUGGCCUGUUUCUUUUUGCUUUACUCAUCGGAAAUAUGCAGAAUUUUCUCCAAUCCCUCGGGCGGAGGAGGCUAGAAAUGCAACUAAGGCUUCGUGAUGUCGAACGGUGGAUGAGCCAUCGGCGGUUGCCAAAAGGCUUGAGAAGGCAAGUGCUACAAUCUGAAAGGUUUAAUUGGGCUGCCAAUCGUGGUGUAAAGGAAGAAGCACUAUUGGAGAAUUUACCAGAGGAUCUACAAAGAGAAAUACGCCGCCACCUCUUUAAAUUUCUCAAGAAGGUGCAUAUUUUCAGAGCAAUGGAUGCUCCCAUCUUAGAUGCUAUUGGUGAAAGAUUGAAGCAAAAAGUGUAUAUAGAAGAAAGCAAAAUACUAUAUCAAGAAGGUCCAAUUGACAAGAUGGUUUUCAUUGUCCGGGGAAAAAUGGAGAGCGUUGGAGGAGAUGGAAAUCCAACCCCCUUAUCAGAAGGCGACGUUUGUGGGGAGGAGCUACUCACUUGGUGUCUUGAGCAUUCUUCACUAAGUAAAAAUGGAAAGAAAAUCAGGUCAUUGGGACAGCGGUUAUUGUCUAACAGGACUGUGAAGUGUUUGACAAAUGUGGAAGCUUUUGUACUGCGAGCGGAUGAUCUGGAAGAAGUCACCACCACUUUUGUGCAGUUCUUGCGGAGCCCACGUGUUCAAGGGGCCUUAAGGUAUGAAUCGCCGUAUUGGAGAGCAAAUGCAGCAACUUGCAUUCAAGUAGCAUGGAGGUACAGGAAGAAGCGUUUGAGUGGGGGGAGCAAGCAGGAUAUCUCAAGCUAAUAAUCCCACAAGAAAAUAGCCUUCAUAGUAAUUUUUGUAAGUGAUACUCUACUUUUCCAUGAAAAAAUGUAUGUAAUUGUAUAAUUGAUCUCAUUGAUUGGCCCCUUUAUAAUGGGCCCACAUAUCUGUAAUAAAUACGGGGCAUUUAACAAAUCCCACUCAGUUGUAUCUAAGCAAGUUUUCAUUUCUCUUA